AAACCGAUCCAGCUGUGCGUCGUCGCGCUGCGUCACCCGGCUGCUCAGGCUCUCAGUUGUGCCUGUUUAGUGGAAGGAAGGAAGCAGAGAUGUCCGGUACCAUGCUGCUGUCAGGGUUCUGGGGUCUGUGCUUGCUGUGGACGGUCGGCGCGAUGGGACGAGGUCCGGUUAGUCUAAACGAGAUGUUCCGGGAGGUGGAGGAGCUGAUGGAGGACACUCAGCACAUGCUGGACGAGGCGGUGUACAAGAUAAAUAAUGAAAGUGCAAAGUUCUCCUCAUCAUUCCUGGAUCUGCCUCCCAGCUACCACAACAAGACCAGGAAGACGGUAAAGGACAACCAUGGGGAGACUCGGGUCCUGGAUCGAACUGACAAGGAAACAGACAACAGAACAGGAGAGACUUAUGUCUCACAUGUGCAUAUGGAGGUCUCUGGCCAGUGGAACAGCGUAAAUCACGAGUGCAUGGUGGAUGAGGACUGUGGGGACCAAAAAUAUUGCCUGUAUAGGAUUGAGAACUCCAAGUGCCUUCCCUGUAUAGCAACAGAUAUGCCAUGCACAAAGGAUGAGGAGUGCUGCUUUGAUCAGAUGUGUGUUUGGGGUCAGUGUACAGUGAACGCCUCCCAGGGAACGGCGGGGACUAUCUGUCAGGGUCAGAGUGACUGCAGGCCAGAUUUCUGCUGUGCCUUUCAGCGAGAGUUUUUGUUUCCAGUAUGCACUCCCAAACCUGCAAAGGGAGAGUCAUGCCUGAACCAUCCCAACCUUCUGAUGGACAUGCUAGAAUGGGACCAGGAGGGCCCCAGAGAUCACUGCCCAUGUAUGGGCAACCUACAGUGUCAACCCCACGGUCGUGGAGCUGUGUGUGUAGGACUGAAAGUGUAGAGGUUCCAAGGAGCGAAUCAGCAAUUUAGUACAGUACAGUGUCCCAUAUGGACAUCACCUGCAUUCUUUCUACUAUUUAUGUCUAUAUUGUAAAACAAAAAGAAAAUAAAGGAUUUGAAUAUUG